AUGGAUGGCAACACCUCUGGAAAAGUGGGCGGCCCUCCAGGAAACGCCUUUGAGCUGGUGUACACAGUGGUGACUGAUGCAGUGCGCGAGAAGAUGCACAAUGUGGACCCAAUACUAGCUGAGUACAUCAGGCGCCACUUGUACGGGGACAUCUACAGCAGCCCGGGGCUGAGCCUGGCGCAGAAGCAGGUCCUCAUGGUGGCCUUCCUGGGAGAGGCCAAUAUGCACGAGCAACUGUUUGGCCACCUCCUAGCGGCCAUGCGCUUCGGCAAUGAUUUGGAGGCGUGUCUGAAAGCCAUCCAGAUCGGCUUUGAGCUGUCGCCCAGGCCCAACGAUGCAGUCUAUAAAGGGGCUGUGAAGACCCUUGAAAUGGCUUACAGGAAGUACAAGAAGGAGUUCAAGGAGGGAGCAGCUGCUUCACCAACAGUCAUUGUCCCGGACCCGGCAUCAGUACAGAUCCCUUCCCUGUACAAGGCACCCCAAGCUCAGCAGCAGAUGCCAGCUGCAGCAGAGCAGCUGCUGGAGGAAGGCAAUGAGGAACCUCCACUUGCAGAGCUGCCGGAGAUGGAGAAGCAACCCAAAUUGCAGCGUGCCGGCCCAUCUGAAGCCUUUUCCAAGCUCCACAUCGAGCGCUCUGGGCCAUCUGGCAAUUUCUCAAAGCUGUACGGGCUGAAGGUCAGGGCUUUCGCCCACGACAUGUCACACAGUACUAACAGCACCUCGUCACCUUAG